AUGGCUUUCCGAGCACGUUCAGGGGCAAUUUUCCGAUGGGGAAUUAACCUUCGGUCACGGAAAAUAGGUGGAUUUCGCGGUUUGGCUUCGGUUGCUGAUUCUACGCGGCCCUACGAUGUGGUCGUUAUUGGAGGUGGCCAUGCCGGGUCUGAGGCAUGUGCUGCGGCGGCUCGCUCAGGCGCUCGUACGGCGUUAAUCACACCCUCACUUUCCAACAUCGGAGUAUGCUCGUGUAAUCCGAGUUUUGGAGGAAUCGGGAAGGGCACAAUGAUUCGGGAGGUGGAUGCUAUGGAUGGAGUUGCGGGUCGGAUUGUUGACAAGGCUGGAAUCAUGUUCAAAGUCCUCAACCGAUCCAAGGGCCAAGCCGUAUGGGGUCCUCGGGCGCAGAUUGACCGGGAUCUAUAUAAGAACUACAUGCGUGAAGAACUUCUCUCGACCGAAGGGUUGAGUAUCUUGGAGGGCAAGGUUGCGGAUAUUGUGGUUUCGAAGGAUGACAUUGCGGCUGGUCCUGCUGCGCCGGCUGGCAAGAUUGUUGGGGUUCGAUUGGAAUCAGGCGAGGUGAUCCCGACCAAUCGAGUGGUGAUUACGACAGGGACUUUUCUAGGAGGUGAAAUUCAUAUCGGGCUGAAAGUCUUCCCGUCUGGCCGUAUUGGUGAAGCCGCGACAUUCGGCUUGAGCAAAUCGCUUCGGGAAGCUGGGUUCCAGCUAGGUCGGUUGAAGACAGGAACGCCUCCUCGAUUGGAUAAGAAGACAAUAGAUUUCUCGGCGCUGGAAGUUCAGAAGGGAGAUUCACCGCCGCUGCCAUUUUCAUAUCUCAAUGAUCGGGUUCAGGUGGAUGACGAAGCCCAACUUACUUGCUGGUUGACACAUACCAACAACGACUCGCAUGAUGUCGUCCGCGCCAAUCUGGAUAAAUCAGUGCACAUUCGCGAGACCGUGAAAGGCCCGAGAUACUGCCCUUCUUUGGAGUCCAAGGUCAUCCGUUUUAAGGAAAAGCUGCAGCAUCUGAUUUGGUUGGAGCCGGAAGGCUUCGCCCCGAACGAGGUCAUCUAUCCCAACGGAAUUUCUAUGACUAUUCCCGAGGAGGCUCAGUUUGAGUUGUUGAGGACGAUUCGUGGACUGGAAAAUGUCCAUAUGCUCCAGCCAGGCUACGGUGUGGAAUACGACUACAUCGACCCUCGCAAUUUGUGGCCAACGCUUGAGACAAAAUUGAUCAGCGGACUCUAUCUCGCUGGACAGAUCAACGGCACAACAGGCUACGAAGAAGCCACUGGACAGGGGAUAAUUGCGGGUGCCAACGCUGGUUUGUCUGCCCAGGGACGAAAGCCUCUUUCGCUCACGCGCUCCGACGGCUAUAUCGGAAUCAUGAUCGACGAUCUCAUCACCAAAGGUGUAUCAGAGCCAUACCGCAUGUUCACCGCACGUAGCGAGUUCCGAAUGUCAGCACGAGCUGACAACGCAGACCUACGUCUUACCCGCCUGGCACACCAGGCGGGCAUUGUGAAGGAAAAGAGGUGGCGCCAGUUCAGCGACACGGAAGCCCAGAUCAACGAAUUACACACUCUUCUAUCCAACACCAAACUAUCAGCAACGGCUUGGAGCAGGAAAGGUCUCAAAGUUCGGCUUGACGGCACCAUCCGGUCUGGUCUGGACCUCCUCUGCAGCGACCAGACCGACCUCGAUGAAUUGAUCCCGCAUAUAGAGGCCCCAUCGGGCAUCACAUACACAGCCUCGUCAUUCGCCCCUGAAAUCCGUUCGCGAGUCGCUGUUGAGGGCCGAUAUGCUCCCUACGUGAUGAGACAACAGCGAGCGGCGCUCAAGUCGCAGCAGGACGAAAACGUCCUCCUCCCACCCGGCCUAGACUAUAGCGUUGUCCAUGGGAUCAGCGCGGAAGAAAGACAGGCUCUGGAGCGAGUUCGGCCCGCUAACAUCGGCAUGGCCCGGCGAAUCGAAGGCGUGACUCCAGCCGGCGUUCUGCUACUUCUCCUUCACCUCCGGAAAAACGGGAACCUAACCAGAGAGGUCCUCACGGAGACGUCGGACCUGGAGAAGACACCCGAUGAUAUCUCGACCUAA